UAGGUGUGAAUUAUUUUUUGUUCUGACUAGGAGAUAAAGAUUAGGGUGAUGGCAAGGAGGCUUUUUGUCACUAUAGGAGAUCUCCUGUAGAGGUCUGUGUUGCAGCAAAAUUAUAAGCCUCCGACUGAAUACAAAGAAAUAUCUUCAUUCUUCUUCACACAAUCAGCUCUACGGGCUCUAGAACAUAGCCUCUUUAUAAAACAAGAAAAUAAAACAGACAGGACAAUAGUGAUUUGGUUGUUUUUUCAAAAAUAAAUUACUUUUAGAAAUAAAUGUUUUUGCUUUUCCAUUCAAACAUUUUUUAACAAAGGUAGGUUUUAAACUCAUGACAGGUUUUAAACAUCAAAACAGCCUCAGAAUUUGCUUCUGCCUCUGGCCGGCUCGGCUUGCUAAUGAGGUUAGCAGCUAGCACAGAGAAUGAUGUGCUUGGUGGAGAACCGGAUGCGUUUUAUUUUGACACUCUUCAGUGACGGUGCGGCACUCAGUGCGGAAGUUCUAUCAUCCUGCAGGAGGAGAGAAAGGAGAGGCGCCGCUUCGUCUCAACUUUCCGCCCGAAACGCAACAACCUGUCCCGGCAGGAAAUAGCUCCGUCUCCCCGGGAACCGCAACCCCUCCGCCGCCGACAGAAGCAGAUCGUCCGCGGGCCUCCGGCAGACUUCGGGGCGAUGGCGAGGCCGAGCCACAGCGAUCACGUCCUCCAGCAGCUCAACAACCAGCGAGAGUGGGGCUUCCUGUGCGACUGCCUCAUCGCCAUCGGCGACAUCUACUUCAGGGCCCACAAGGCCGUGCUGGCGGCCUGCAGCUCCUACUUCCGGAUGAUGUUCAUCCGCGACCAGCAGGGGGCGGGCCACCUGGACCUCAGCAACAUGCAGAUCAGCGCCGAGUGCUUCGACCUCAUCCUGCAGCUCAUGUACCUCGGCCGCAUCGUGGUGGGCAGCUACGAGUUCGAGGAGCUGAAGGCGUCCAUGUCCUACCUGCAGAUGUACUACAUCCCCGACUCGCUGGAGGACCUCCGAGACAUCCGCAGCUCCAACCUCACCCCAUCUUCCUCCGCCUCUUCCUCCUCCUCCUCUUCCUCCAGCUCCUCCACCGGCGUCUCUGGAGGGAAGAUGAUGUUCGGAGUGCGGAUGUACGAGCAGCAGAGGUCCACGGCGCCAGAGGCGGAGCUUCUACCGAAGGCGGCGACCAGCAGCAGCAGCGCAGGGCGCCCAGCUGUUCCCGCAGCUGCCAGCAGGGUGGCGCCGGCAGUAGCGGUGGCAGCGGAGGAGGUGGCUAGCACAGCUUUGAUCGUGGCUCCACCCACAGUGGAUAGUGGCACAGAGCAGCCAUGUGACCUGAGAAAGCGACCCGGCGGCAGAAGUUCUGCUCUCAAAGACCGGCCCAGAUUCGGCCGCACCUACACCUGCGACGACUGCGGCUUCGUCUUCAGCUGCGAGAAGCUGCUGAUCGAGCACAUCCUGACCUGCACCAACAGGAAGGCCUACCACCCGCCCAGAGGGAACGCCGAGGGCGACAACAGCUCCGGCAAGGGGGAGAGCUCCGCCUCCGAGAGCGCCGAGGAGCAGAGAGUCGUCUGUAAGGGCGAGGACGACUGGGCCGACGGUCGGGCCGACUCGGAGCUGCCCGUCAGGUCGCUGGCGGCCGGCAGCGACAGCGAGCCCGGCUCCACCCGCAGCAUCAAAACGGAACCGGAGGAAGGCCUGUUCCCUGAGAUCGAGAUGGUCCAGGUGGGCGAGCACGCAGCCAGAGACUCGCUGAGGGAGAGGAUGGGUUUGACCCGCGAGUCGGAGCCGGGAGUGUCGGGUCUGGAGAGCUGCGGCCAGUCGGCCGAAAGCCACCUGCCGAGCAGCAGCGACUCCGGGAUCCCCGCUAAACUCCGGAAGGUCAAGGAUGAGAAGCAGGAAGCCGACUGCGCUCCCUGCGAACUUUGUGGCGCUCUUCUGACUGAGGAGGACAAAUCCUCCCACUACCUGUCCAACCACAUGGGUCACAUAUGCGCCUGUGGGCGGUGCGGCCAGGUUCUGAUCAAAGGCCGGCAGCUGCAGGAACACGCAGAGCGCUGCGGCGAGUCCCACGGCGCCGAGUCGGACUCCCACGGGGAGGAUGAGUUGUCGCUGCUGGGGGAGCCUCAGGGGAUGGACGAGAGUCUGCUGGACGCCGCCGACCUGGCCUGCCCUCACUGCGGCCUGCUGUUCCAGAACGAGAGCCUGGCGCUGGAGCACGCCUUGACCUGUCACGAACAGGACUUGUUUAGGCCCGUGGCGCUGGAGGAGGGCGGGGAGCCCGACCACCGCCGCAAACACUUCUGCAGCAUCUGCGGCAAAGGCUUCUACCAGCGCUGCCACCUGCGGGAGCAUUACACCGUCCACACCAAGGAGAAGCAGUUCACCUGCCAGACCUGCGGCAAGCAGUUCCUGCGGGAGCGCCAGCUGCGGCUGCACACCGACAUGCACAAGGGCAUGGCACGCUACGUGUGUCCCGUCUGCGACCAGGGAACCUUCCUGAAGCACGACCACGUCCGGCACAUGAUCUCCCACCUGUCGGCCGGAGAAACUAUCUGCCAGGUGUGCUUCCAGAUCUUCCCAGGCGGCGAGCAGCUGGAGAAGCACAUGGACGUCCACCUGUACAUCUGUGGCGUCUGCGGGGAGAAGUUCCGGCUCCGCAAGGACAUGAGGAGCCACUACAACUCCAAGCACACCAAAAGACUGUAAGGCAUCCGCAGCGUCUGCGGCGUUUGCAGCGUCUGUGGCGUCUGCGGCAUCUGCAGCGUCUGCGGCGUCUGCAGCUCCUGCUCUUAGAAGCCAUAAAUGUGAGAACAAAUCAAGCACUUGAACACCAAAAAGUUGACUUUGAAUCUGCACUUUGAAGCUCAACGCAGAACCUGAACAGGUGUUCAGACUGCGAGCAGCGAGGCUGGUGAUUGGUCGCUUCAGAUCAUUAAAGACUGCUCCGAUCAGAGGAAGGAUCGCGCGCUGCUGAAACUGAUCCGACCCGGUUCAGAUGAUGUUUAGUUCUGUUAGAACCGGGAGAAAAAGUCCGAAGUGUAGCGGGUUGUAGAACCGGGCCGGAACAGUCUGAUGGUGUCGCUCGCAGUUUGAACUCCAGCCCCGGGUUUUUAACAGAACGGUUCUGAUUGGUUCACCUGUGAGGAGCCUCUCAGGUGAGGUCACAUCCUGUUUCAGAGCUUGGACUUGUUUUUGUUUCUUUUUUUAGCCGACCCAUUUUCCAGAAUACUAAAAGCUUCUGCAGAUGUUUGGGUUUCAGGUUCUGGUUCUCCUUCUCUAAUGUGCCUUUGCUGUCAUAUCAGAACUCCAAGAAGAAAACACUAGAACCAGUUGGUCAGAACCGGCCCAACUGGUCUGAUCUGGGACUGCGAUGCCUUGCCAUGUUCAUCUUCAUCACUUCCUGCACAGAACCAGAACCAGAACCAGAGCCAGUCCCUACACUGACUAACAGAACCAACUCAAACCGGUUAAAACAAAACAGUUUCUGAUUAAAACCAGAUGAUUGGUUCAGAUGAUUUCACACAUCCUGAGUCCAGUUUCAAACGUUUGGACCUUCAGAACAUCAACCGAGCCCAGAAUCAGCAGGUUCUGUCGGUCCAGAUGGUUCCGACCUUCCCGUUAACUGCAGAAUCUCCCUGAGUUUCCGGCAAAUUGUGAGACUCCAGAAAAAAUCAGAACCUGAUGGUUCUGAUCCAGUGCGGUCCGGGGCCCAAAAACGUUUCCAGAACAGUAAAAAUUUGACCAAAGAGAAAAACUUCUGUAUAAAAACCUUAUUUGUUUUUUAAUAUUGUCAAUAUUUAAUUUUAGUGUAAAUAAGAAAAACAUUUAGUUUCCAGUCUGAGUCAAACUGUGUCCGACCCGUUUCCUGGUUCUGUUGAUAGACAAGUUAGAUAGAAAACAAUGGACAAAAUUUUAUUAAUUUAAGAAAUUGAUUCAAAUAAACUGUAUAGUUUAAUGAUUUCAUUCAAUAAUUUUAUUUAUUUCAAAUUUUAAUAUAAAUAAAAAUGUAUAUUUUAACUAGAUAAAAUGUAAAAUAGAAUAUAAUAGAAACUCCAAGUAUUUUUAACGUAAUAUUGAUUCAUAUUGCUAAACGUUUGAACUGAACAGUAAUCAUUUAUCUUAGUAAUAACGCACUGAUAUAAAAAUUUGUGUCCAUAUUUACCAUUAUUAAAUAUUUUUUCUUCCCUUUCUACGUUGAGGAUGUUGCUUCUCUGCUUCAGUUAAAUACCCACAAUCCUGUGCUGCAUCACCAUCAGUCACAUGACCAGAUUCUGUUUGAUAAAGCACUUUGAAAUGCCUUGAUGCUGAAAUGUGCUGUACAAAUAAAAUUUGAUUGAUUGAUUGAUUGAUGAAGCUCCGCCCCCUUUACAAACAAAAAUGGCAACAAAAUGGAGAUAAAUGUCGGUUAUUGAUGGCGAUUUAUCAUCCCUCCCAAACUAUAUUAAUCCAUAUUAUUGCUGCGACUGUUAGUAAAUUAUUAUGGAUGAUUAUACCAGGUAGUUAUUUUUUUACCACUUAAAUUAAAAUAUUUUGUGUUUUAAUUGGUUGGAGGUAAAUUAUUGGCUCGUUUUACUCCUGAAGCCGCUUGUUGCUCACAGUGUGGCGGCGUUGAGGGAUCGUUUCUAUGGUAACAAAGCUGAUUAGGCGUCUAUCUAGACCUGGUUCAGAAUCUGAACCAGGUCCAGACCCAUCUGAGUCAUCUUCACGGUCCGGUUGGUUCUGGUCGGUUCUAACUGAUGGGCCGAAACCAGACGGCAGAUUUUUAAUCUGGUUCUGCUGGUUCUGGUUCUUUGAACGCACUAAAGGGGAGUUUCACAUGCAGAACUGUUGGUCUAAUUAUGGGUCUAUUUUCUCCGAGUUUUUUCCUUCCUGUCAGGCGUCGUCGUGGCGACCUCUGACCUCCAGAGGGAAAAAUCGGCAAUUUUAUUGAGACUUUAUUUUUAAAAUCAAACUAGUUGAACUUGAUUUCUGCUGCAGGGUUCUGGUUUUUGGUCCGAUCCGCUGGUUCUUUUGCGAUUCCGGGUCCAGUUUCAUGUUCUGUUCUGGUCACACAGGCCUUGUUCUACUUUCAAUAAACCAAGUGAUCUUCUGUUUCAA